CAUGUUGUUUUAAAUAGUUCUAUUUUCGCUGUUUCUAUGAUAUAAAAGCAAAGGAAUAAUGGUAGAGAAACGACCGUCAUUGAAACAGGAUAUCACACAGAGGAUGGUUUAAAUUAACUUUAUAUUUCCUUAGAAUCAGUUUUAACCAAGAUGAUUUUUCUCGAAUCCAUGUUGUUCCGGUUGAUUGCGUUCCUGAUGACGUCAUCGGUUCAUUGUGACAUCUUAUUCCCGAAAGACACGUCAACGGAUUUUGUUUUCCCGCCGAAGAUAAGGAGAUCCACAUCUGGGGUGCCCGAUGGACAUCUAAGACCACUAGGUUGGCAAAGACCACCGGAAGGGAAAGUCCCUGAAAUAACCGAAGCCCCUGAACCGAAAACUUUCUGGGAAAGUCACGUGAGAGACAAGAAACCGCUAGUUAUGAGACAAGCCAUCAACCAAUCAUCUGAUUGUUUCGUUAAAUGGAACGACAAGUACUUAAAGAAUACGUAUGGUGACGUCAUAAUAGAGGUAACAAAGAAGAAACCUGGCAAAAUAGAAGAACCUCACAUGAUGACGUUGAAAAAGUUUCUACUGAGAUACAACUUAGAGGAUUGGUAUCUAGUGAGUCCCAUCCCCCCACCCAUGACCACAGAGGUGCCCGCCAUCAAGAGUUUACUUUGCGGAACUUUCCGUGAUUUCCUCCAAGAAGCUGAGAUGUGGAUGAGCAGCGGAGGAACGAGCUCCCCGAUUCAUUACGAUCAAGAUCAUAAUAUUCAUUGCUUGAUAGCCGGGAGGAAGGACUUUAUUAUGGUUCACCCCAAGUUUAAAGAUAGAUUUGAAAUGAAGGAAAACAAAGAGAUUGGCAACGGGUAUUCCACGAUCGACGCUGAGAUGGUGAACGUAUACGAUCAUCCUAAGGUGGGGAAGACGGCAUGGAAAUGGUCAACGUUAUGGCCAGGAGACUGUAUAUAUCUACCGGCUGGCCAUUUACAUCAAGUACGGUCAUACGGUCGAAGUCUCUCUACCUCGAUCUUGUGGACGCCUACACGUGCGUUUAACGACACUGGGUGCGCUGUUACAAACAUGAGCGAACCAGUGGCUCUCAGCGAACUUUCGUUUAUCUGGAAACUGUACGAUGGGCAGCGGUUGAUAAACACAGACAAUUAUGACGAUCCAGAAACAUUACGUCAUCAUCUGUUGGCGCUCAUGCGUGACGACCCCAAGUUACCACGUGAGAGGUUCUUUCAUUAUUUCGAGAAAGCUCGAAACGACGAAUCUCGACGUAAAGAACAAACUCCACACGCUGCGUUCCGACAGCUUGAUUUAAAGAAAAAGAAUUAUUUGACGGUACGUGACAUCCAGCGGUUGCCUAGCAACCUUUUAACCAGAGUUGUCAACAACUACAUACGCCCUCAAGCGGACGAGGUGGAGGAAUUGCUCAAGGAUGAACUUUGAACCCGUAGAAGAUGGAAAUAGCAUAUAGUAGCAUAGAUAUCAGAUUUAUUAAAGGCGAAUUUAUAUUACAGCAUGAUUACGUCACGAAUUGAUACCACAAUAUUUCGGGUAGUUAGUUGAGUUACAACAUUGGGACCAAAUAUGUGAAUUUAAGAGCAAACAUGGCUGAUUUAUGCGCGUUUGGACCAUCUUGUCAAA